GAGAGCCAGGGCAUGUGCUUCCAUAUAAACCCAAACACCCAGCCUCUCCAGACUGCAUUCAGAGUACGCGCAGUGAAGACGCAGCCUCGCAAUGGAAUUACUUAGGAAUAUCGCUGAACAGCCGACGAAUAUCAACAGGAUGUGCGAGCCCAAACUGCAGGGGUCCUGUGAACUGCGGAGAAAGAGGACGGAGGAUCACGGUCUGGCACCUGCGGAGACGGCGAGGAUUGUCACGGAUCACGCCAGCGGGAAAUGUUACUGCCGUGGGAAAGUUCUGGGAAAGGGAGGUUUCGCCAAGUGCUAUGAGAUGACCGACCUGUCCACGAGUAAAGUUUACGCAGCGAAAAUUAUUCCCCACACGCGCGUAUCCAAACCGCACCAACGGGAAAAGAUUGACAGGGAAAUCGAGCUACAUAGAGUUCUCCACCAUAAACACAUCGUGCACUUUUACCAUCAUUUCGAGGACAAAGAUAACAUCUACAUUCUCCUGGAAUACUGCAGUAGAAGAUCUUUGGCACACAUCCUGAAGGCACGCAAAGUGCUCACUGAGCCUGAAGUGCGAUACUACCUCCGUCAGAUCGUCUCAGGGCUGAAGUACCUACAUGAGCAAGAGAUCCUGCACAGAGACCUCAAACUGGGUAACUUCUUUGUGAGUGAGUCGAUGGAGCUGAAGGUGGGAGACUUUGGGCUGGCUGCCAAGUUGGAGUCUGCUGGGAACAGGAAGAAGACCAUCUGUGGGACGCCCAACUACCUGUCCCCUGAGGUGCUCAACAAGCAGGGCCAUGGCUGUGAGUCGGACGUCUGGGCCCUGGGCUGUGUCAUGUAUACCAUGCUCCUGGGCAGACCCCCGUUUGAGACCACCAAUCUGAAGGAGACGUACAGAUGUAUUCGGGAGGCGCGUUACUCCCUGCCCUCCUCCCUGUCGCCCCAGGCCAAACAGCUCAUCUCCAGCCUCCUGGCCAAGACCCCAGAGGACAGACCUCACCUGGACCACAUACUGCGCCAUGAAUUCUUCACACAGGGUUUCGUGCCAGAGCGUCUCCCUGCUAGUUGUUGCCACUCUGCUCCAGACUUCCACGUCUCCAGCCCUGCCAAGAGCUUCUUCAAGAAGGCAGCGGCUGCCCUCUUCGGCGGGAAAAGAGACAAGGUCAAAUACUACGAGACUCUGAAUAAACUGACCAAAGAGGAAGAGGAGAUCUACAAGCUUCGACAUGACCUGAAGAAGACAGUCAUCAGCCAGCAGACCAAACAGAUUACUGAGGAUGGAAGGCCACUGUCACCAUCUGCUGGGAGGCCGGUCGCCCCGUCAACCGAGGGCCUGCCCCCUGACCCCAUACGGCUUAUUGUCAGGGGCAGUCUGGGUAGCUGCAGCAGCAGUAGUGAAUGUCUUGAGGACAGCACCACCGGCAGUGUGGCUGAGACAGUUGCCAGCGUUCUCAGAGGAUGCCUGGAAAACAUGCCCAAAGCGGGUGACCUCCCUAAAGGGAUAGAGUGCAGUAACCUGCAGUGGGUCACUAAGUGGGUGGACUACUCCAACAAGUAUGGCUUUGGCUACCAGCUCUCCGACCACAUAGUGGGAGUUUUGUUCAACAACGGGACACACAUGAGCCUCCUCGCAGACAAGAAGACUGUCCACUACUAUGCUGAGUUGGGUCAGUGCUCUGUGUUCUCCACCUCUGAUGUCCCUGAUCACUUUGUAGGUCAGGUGACCGUCCUCAAGUACUUCGCCCACUACAUGGAAGAGAACCUGAUGGAUGGUGGAGACCUGGUGAGCCAGGCAGAUACACACAUGCCCAGACUCUACCUGCUGCAGUGGCUCAAGUCUGACCGUGCCCUCAUGAUGCUCUUCAACGACGGCACAUUUCAGGUCAACUUCUACCAUGACCACACUAAGAUCAUCCUGUGCACCCAGCGGGAGGAGUACUUGCUGACCUACAUCAACGAGGAGCGUGUGUCCUCCACCUUCAGACUGAGCUCCCUGCUCACCUCCGGCUGCCCCGCAGACCUGCGCCAACGCAUAGAGUACUCACUCAACAUGCUGCUGCAGCGCUUCAACUGAACCAGAAAGCAGUGCAAGGCGAAAGGACAGUGUAUGGGGUCAGACCUGUGUAAAGCGAUGGACUACUGAUUGGUAACCUUUUGCAAAUCUAUCAGCAGAGGUGCAGCUGAAUCUUGAUGGACAGACUCUGGAAAGGGCUGAUCUGUAUGUUGAUAAUUGGAAGAUAAGAAGACUGGAUGUUAUGAUGAGGGGAUGGAGGUACGAAUGUGAAACCCAUCCGAUUUUGAGGAAGAUGGAAGUGUGGAAGUGGAAAGGGAACUGGGCUGGGACCAGAUAAUGUUGAUGUUUUUCUAAUCAAAGUAGAACCCUAAGGGCUGAUGGAUGCUCCAGGUGUAAGUGGAGCUGGACUAGACGACUGUAAUGUACACAGCACUUCUGCAGAGCAGAGGCAGGGGAGGCUGUGUUUGUGAAGAUACAUUAACUUAGACUGUGAUUCAUUCUCUGAGGAUAGAUGGACAUGGCUGGGAAGGAUGACGUUGAUCAUACAAGAAGAACCAUUACUCUGAUAAUUAACUUAUUGUGUACAAAAGUGCAUUAUUUAUUUAAUAAAUAAAUAAACUUUUACAAAAAAAUACGUACUAU